AUGAGCGACUACCCUCAGAUCCCCGCCCCCGCGCAUACGCUGGCCGAAACAAUGAUGUCUCGACGGUUUGGCAGAGAAACAGUCAACUACUUCUCGAGCUCACCACUGAACCGGCUUUCGUUCCUUCGCACGGAACAUCCUUUCCUGUCGGCGGCAAUCAGGCACCCGGCUACUCGUUUCGUUCUCCUGAAGGAUCUUGCGCCGCUUACCAAAUCGCCUUCGGAGCUGUACUAUGCUCAGCAUGAUGAAGUCAAGAAGCUUGUGCCUGACACUAUCUAUGACAAGUCGGAGGAGGAUACGAUCAAGGAAUUCGACUCGCACAAGACAUCCCCAACGCUGAUCUUCCUCGGGAUGGACGAGAGCCGUAAACAGGAUGGCCUGACCUGGAAUAUCUACAAGGGUGCUCCGUUUUUCGCUCUGGAUGUGACACCCAAGGGCUCAGAGGAGCAGCAGACCAACACGAAAGACUUGAUCAGCGCAAUGGAGGCGAAGGGUUUAAGCUUCUUGCAGGCGAGAGUGGUUAUGAGUCUGUCGGCUGAUGAAGCUGCAAUCUACGCCCAAGCUCGCGCUCUAGUCGAUUGGAACACCCGGAACACUUUCUGUGGCACAUGCGGUUCGCCCACCGUGUCCGUAAACUCGGGCACGAAGCGUGCCUGCCCACCAACAGACGCCGCCCUUGUAGCAGAGGGCAAGUCCGGCGAUCGCCCCAGCUGCAACACCCGUACCACCAUCUCGAACCUGUCGUUCCCCCGCACGGACCCCACCAUCAUUGUCGCCGUCCUCUCCGCAGACGCCAAGCGGAUCCUGCUCGGCCGUUCGAAGCGCUUUCCUCCCAACUGGUACUCGACGCUGGCCGGCUUUAUCGAACCGGCAGAGUCCAUUGAAGAUGCUGUUCGGCGAGAAGUGUGGGAAGAGGCUGGCGUGACACUCUCCCGCGUUGUCAUCCACUCUUCGCAGCCCUGGCCUUAUCCAGCUAAUUUGAUGAUUGGUGCUAUUGCGCAGGUCAGCGACCCCGAGCACGAGAAGAUCAACCUCGAACAUGACCCCGAACUGGAAGAUGCCAAAUGGUUCGAUUUGCAGGAAGUCGAGGAGGCGUUGAGGGUCGGAACCAGCGCGUUGGGUGACAAGGCCGGUCCGGAGUACAAGGAGGGUGGACUGAGGCUGCCUCCUCCCACGGCCAUUGCGAACCAGCUCAUUCGCGCGGCGGUCGACUUUUGGCCCACGAAUUCAAAAAUGUAG